GAAGAAAAACAAGAGAAAAAUGGAAGGGGAGAUGAACAAUUUCACAGUAGUAUGGGCUAUUAUCUUAAUAAGUUUAUGUUAUUGUCACACCAUAGCCAAAUUUAUUCCAAUAGGCAAAUCAAGAUUUGUGGCUAUUAUUCCAAUAGUUUGGCUAUUUUUCAAACUUCCUCUUUAUCUUAACUCCAUUAAUCUUGGUGGCAUUACUUCUUUCUUCAUUGCAUGGCUAGCCAAUUUCAAGAUUAUUCUUUUAGCCAUUGGUAAAGGCCCUUUGUCAACAACCCCACCUUUACCACUUUCAACAUUCAUUCCCUUAGCUUGUUUGCCUAUAAAGUUGCAAAAAUAUUCAACUAGUCAUGUUAAAACCAAAAAUAAUUCAACUUUCAAUCUUGUCACCAAGAUUGCACUUCUAGCCAUUUUGAUAAAGGUGUAUAAUUAUAGAAAAAAUUUGCAUCCAAAAUUCAUUUUCUUUUGUUAUUGCUUCCACCUCUACUUUACUCUAGAAAUCAUAUUUAAUAUUAUUAGCACUAUGGUUCGAGUUGCUAGUCGAGUUGAGCUCGAGCCACCUUUUGACGAGCCUUACAAGACUAGCUCGCUUCAAGAUUUCUGGGGCAGGAGGUGGAACCUCAUAGUAACCAAUAUCCUCCGUCUGACCAUCUACGACCCCGUCUUGUCAAUGAUUACAGACUGGAUCUCAAGGAAGUGGGCCCCACUUCCCGCGAUGCUCGCCACGUUCGUCGCCUCGGGGUUAAUGCAUGAGCUGAUUUUUUACUACAUUACAAGAGUGAAACCUAGUUGGGAAGUCACAUGUUUUUUUAUCAUGCAUGGAGUGGCUUUGAGUCUUGAAGUUAUGAUCAAGAUAUUGUUGAAUGGCAAAAUUUGUAUUCCUAAGUUUAUUUCUGGUCCAUUAACAUUAUUAUUUAUAAUUUUGACUAGUUUUUGGUUGUUUUUUCCACCAUUUUUGAGGGGUAGACCAGAUUUUAAGGCAUGUACUGAAUAUAUUGCAUUUUUACAAUUUAUUAGGUAUGGCAAAUUGGUUAGUCCUGCCAAUAUUACUUGUCCAUUCAUGUAA